AUGGCAGAAGCGACGGCAACCCCCGCCGCCACCAUCAAGACGGAUGUGUUGAUCGUGGGCGCGGGGCCCGCCGGCGCGUCGCUCGCAUGCUUCCUGACGUCGUACGGCAUCAAGGGCAUCAUCGUCGACAUGAACUCUACGAGCGCCGACACGCCGCGCGCGCACAUCACCAACAUGGCCGCCCUGGAAUGCCUGAGGGACAUUGGCCUGGAGAAGAAGUGCGUGCAGCUGGCGACCAAGGGGGACUCGAUGAUCCACACGCGCUGGUGUCACAGCAUGGCCGGGAGGGAGUACGCCCGGAUACACUCGUGGGGCAACGACCCGAAGCGGAGAGGAGAGUACAAGCGCGCCAGCCCCUGCCUGCCCGUCGACCUGCCGCAGACGCUGCUGGAGCCGGAGCUGGUGCGGCACGCGACGCUCAACGGGUUCCAGAUCCGGUGGGACACCGAGUUCCAGACCUUUGUCGACCACGGCUCCGACGCGGGCGGCGGCGGCGGCGGCGGCGGCGUGACCGCCACGGUGCUGGACCGGGUGACGGGGCUGAUGUACGCCAUCGAGGCGCGCUACCUGAUGGGCGCCGACGGGGCCCGGUCCCGCAUCGUGUCCCAGCUCGGGCUGCCCCUCGUGCGCAGCCCCGGCGGUGGGCCCGCCAUCAACGUGCUGGUGCGCGCCGACCUGUCGCACCUCAUGAAGUCUCGCACGGGCAACCUGCACUGGGUCAUGCAGCCGGACCGCGAGCACACCGACUUUGCCUUCUUCACCGUCGUGCGCAUGGUCAAGCCCUGGACCGAGUGGAUGUUCAUCCUGUUCCCGCUCCCGGGCUACUCCAUGGACAACCGGCCGAGCAUGGACGACUACGGCCGCAGCGUGCGCGCCACCAUCGGCGACGACACGCCCUUUGAGAUUGUGCGCGUCAACACCUGGACCGUCAACGAGAUCGUGGCGUCGACGUACCAGAAGGGCAACGUCUUUUGCCUCGGCGACGCCGUCCACCGCCACCCGCCCUUCAACGGCCUCGGGUCCAACACGUGCAUCCAGGACUCGUUCAACCUGGCCUGGAAGCUGGCAUAUGUGAUGCAGGGCAAGGCCGGCCGCGCCCUCCUGGACACGUACACGCCCGAGCGGCAGCCGGUGGGCAAGGGCAUCGUCAAGCGGGCCAACGACGGCUUCCGCGACCACAACCACGUCUUCACGGCGCUGGGCCACCUGCUCCCGACGGUCGACGAGCGCCGCGCCGCGCUGGCCGAGCUGGCGGCCGACACGCCGGCGGGCCGCAAGCGGCGCGCAGACCUGCAGUGGGCCAUCGCCAACUCGGAGCACGAGUUCCACGGGCUGGGGAUCGAGAUGAACCAGCGCUACGCCGGCGUCGGCUCCUCGGCCGUGUGCGCGGCCGACGACGCCGCCGACCUGGGCGACCUCUCGCUCGAGCCCGAGAACCCGGACGAGGUGCUCUACUACACGCCUAGCACCCGGCCGGGGCGCCGACUCCCGCACGUCUGGCUCAACACGGCCGAGCCGGGCGAGCCCGUCACCACCAUCGACCUGGCCGGCAAGGGCGGGUUCCUGCUCCUCACGGGCAUCGGCGGCGCCGCGGCCUGGAGGGCGGCCGCAAAGGCCGCGGCCGAGGCCCUGGGCGUGCCCGUCCGCGUCGUGUCCGUCGGCUACGACCAGGACCUCGAGGACGUCUACUUCGACUGGGCGCGCGUCCGCGCCGUCGGCGAGUCGGGCUGCGUGCUGGCGCGCCCGGACCGCUUCGUGGCCUGGCGGUGCCGCGAGCUCAAGGGCGACGAGGCCUGGGCCACCAAGAAGCUGGACGAGGUGCUGAGGGCCAUCCUGUCGAGGUAG